AUGGCUGCAAUCACCGAAACAAACCACAACACUCUUCUUUCAGCGUCAACCGCAGAGAGAGUCUUAGAUCUCGAUCUUUCCAGGUACCCUAAACUCUCCCGCGAGCAGGCGGGCCAUCUCCGGCAUAUCCAUAAUCUGGUUUCCCAGCCGGAUGGCUCUUGGCACCACAUGGGCCCUCUCGAACCGAUGCAAGAGUUCCUGGAUGCAUACCGUUACCAGCUAGCGGUGAUGUCCUAUGCUGCGUCUGCUGCUCAUUAUCACCGUCUACCCGCUCUCCGGGGCACCUUCAAACCUCUCAUCCGUCAGCUGAUUCGCAAGAUGCUUCGUCGGGAAGUCUGGGGGUACUGGUUUAAUACUAGCCAUUCAGGCGUUAAAACCGAUCCUGGCCUCUCAGAGCUGCGGAAACCAUGGGCAGACCCUGUUGUACGUGAGAACAUCAUGUACAGCGGCCAUCUACUGCUCAUGACGAGUCUGUACGCGAUGUUAUUCGACGAUGACGAGUUUGAAAAGCCUGGUUCGCUGGUAUUUGAUUGGGAUCCAUUAUUCUGGGGAUUGGGGCCCGAGAGAUUUAGCUAUGAUAAUCGCAGUCUCCAGAAGGCAAUCCUGACCGAGAUGGAGAGGAAUAACUGGGUUGGGGUUUGUUGUGAGCCGAACGCGGUCUUCGUUGUUUGCAAUCAGUUUCCGAUCAUAGCAAUGAGGUAUAACGACGUCCGUGAUGGAACAGAUAUCGUCUCGGACGUCCUGGCAAAAUACAAGGCCGCCUGGGAUGCAAAGGGCAUGGUUCAACCCGACGGACUCUUUGUCGACUUUCUCUUGGUAAAGCAGCAGCUGAGGAUUCCACCGUCGAUACCGUUUGGCGGUGGGCCCCCAAGAGAGAUUGGUUUCACUGCCUGGGCUGGAGCAUAUAUGCACGCUUGGAACCCUGACUUGGUUGAGUCGCUUUUCGCCAAACAAUCCCUAGGCUUCCUAACCAAGAUCCAUAACGAAAUCCGCCUGCGUCCCCUCCCCGUCGCGAAUGCUUUCCGCCAUCUGGUCACAGACAGAAGCUUUCCUGCCGAUUCGGAAGAGACACUCACCACCGCGAUUGAGAUUUCCAAAACCCUGCCCCCUUCCCGAAUUCCCUUCGAAACCCCGACGUUCGGGUGUGUCGCCCAGUGGCUGUCCGAACUCGGCAAGAAAGAUGAACUGGACGGUCUCUUGUCUCAAGCGGACAGAGAUCUGAACCCCACCUGGGAGAAUGGCGGGCUGUUUUAUCCGCGCAACGAUGAGCAGGAUCCUGCGACUGAGGCGAAGUGGACACACAUGGAUCCGUUCUCGGGUAAUGCGGGGAUUGGAUAUGCGAGGUUGAAUGUUCCUGAUGGGCAAAGGAUCAUGUGGGCGAAUCCGUGGACCAAAGAGGACCUGGCAAAAAGGCCGUGGAUCGAUGGUGUUGCACUGGGAUCGGGAGUCGACUGUCUCCGGGGCGUUUGGGACGAAAAAGCGAAGACUCUCGUACUCACCGUUAGAACUUGGGAUGGGAGGCUUGUUGGACUGAGACCGACUGCAAGGAACCUGAUUCAGGGAAAGUGGGCGGUCUAUGUAAAUGGAGAUGUCCGAGAGACUGCAGAAGUAGGAGAUGGAGGUGACAUGGAAGUCCAAGUACAGGUUGCGGGGGAGGAGUUGGACGUGGUCUUUGUGAAGCUUUAA